AUGAUGUCCUGCAUCUGCUUGGGUCCCAAACGGGCAGGCAAAACGCAUUUACUCAAAGCGCUGCAGGAGCCAGAAUCUAUAGAUGAAACCAGCUAUUCCAUGCCUACCAUAGGGACAGGCAUUUAUAGCAUACACUUUCCGGAAAAGCAGAAGCCGAGCAACCCAAAUGCGCCCACAACGACGACGGCGUCGAAGCAUCUGCCCAAGAGCAUACAAGUGCUGGAAAUAGGCGGCAGCAUGGCUCCACUUUGGCGGCAAUACUUUGAGGAUAUCAAAAAGCUUAUCUAUGUUGUAGACGCAUCCAAUCUUUGUCAGAUCUCCGCAGCGGGCGUUCUGUUCUACUCCAUUUUAACGGAACCGAGGCUGCAAAAAGUGAAGAUCUUGUUGGUGCUGACUAAAAUGGACUACUCCUAUCGCCAGAUGCGCAAUGAAGCGCUGCUCAUGCUGCAGAUGUCGAAGCUGCAGAAGCAAAUACGCCAACAGGUGCAAAUAGUUGAGGCCAGCGCGGUGACCAAAGUGGGUUUUCCGGAGAUUUAUGACUGGCUCCAAAGACCUUAAGC